UCCUCCUCAGCCUGAGCUUCUUCAUGUUAGUUACAUUUUUGUCAUCUCCAUCGCACUUUUUGGCGUCUUUCCGUCCGGCUUCAAUUUUUCAGCAUUAUAUCCACAGCCAGUGCGGGCGGGUCUCUGAGCUGACAGGAAUUUGAGUGAACAACCCAACACAACUUUGACCAAAAAAGCUUUGUAAUUUCCGACAAGAUGGUGGGGAGCAUUGAAGCUAUGAAUCGUAAUUUGUACUCGAACGGGUCUGUUCAGAACUUUAAUGCAUUGGAGGAGAAGCUUGACGAGCUCCGGAGCCGCCUUGGGAAGGCUAAUGGUGACCCUUUGAGAAUUGUUGGUGUCGGGGCGGGUGCUUGGGGCAGUGUUUUUGCUGCUGUGUUGCAAGAUAGCUAUGGUCAAUUUCGAGACAAGGUUCAAAUAAGGAUAUGGAGAAGACCGGGAAGAGCUGUUGAUAGAGCCACCGCUGAACAUAUUUUUGAAGUGAUCAAUUCGAGGGAAGAUGUGUUGAGGAGGUUGAUCAGGCGAUGUGCGUAUUUGAAAUAUGUGGAGGCAAGGCUAGGGGAUCGAACACUUUAUGCCGAUGAGAUUUUGAAAGAUGGGUUUUGUUUGAACAUGGUUGAGACGCCGCUGUGCCCUUUGAAGGUUGUGACUAGUUUGCAGGAGGCAGUUUGGGAUGCUGAUAUUGUGGUGAAUGGCUUGCCAUCAACGGAAACAAAAGAGGUGUUUGAAGAGAUUAGUAAUUAUUGGAAGGAAAGAAUCACAGAUCCUAUUAUCAUCUCUUUGGCAAAAGGUAUCGAGGCCGCACUUGAGCCUCUCCCGCGUAUCAUAACUCCCACGCAAAUGAUUCAUCAAGCGACCGGUGUACCUAUAGAGAACAUACUUUAUCUGGGUGGCCCAAACAUUGCCUCAGAAAUCUACAACAAAGAAUAUGCUAAUGCUCGAAUAUGCGGAGCUGAAAAGUGGAGAAAACCUCUCGCAAAGUUCUUAAGGCAACCCCAUUUUAUUGUCUGGGACAAUAGCGAUCUUGUUACACAUGAAGUCAUGGGUGGCUUAAAGAAUGUCUAUGCCAUUGGAGCAGGGAUGGUAGCAGCCCUCACAAAGGAGAGUGCUACUAGCAAAUCCGUAUACUUUGCACAUUGUACCUCAGAGAUGAUAUUUAUCACUCAUUUGUUGACGGAAGAGCCCGAGAAACUUGCAGGGCCUUUGUUGGCUGACACAUAUGUAACCCUGUUGAAAGGUCGCAAUGCAUGGUAUGGGCAAAUGUUAGCCAAAGGGGAACUAAACCGGGAUAUGGGUGAAAACAUCAGUGGCAAAGGAAUGAUUCAGGGUGUCUCUGCAGUCAAAGCAUUUUAUGAACUUCUCAGUCAGUCGAGCUUAAAUGUGUUGCAUCCAGAAGAAAACAAGCCUGUUGCUCCUGUAGAGCUCUGCCCCAUCUUGAAGACGCUAUAUAAAAUACUGAUAACACGGAAGCAAUCAUCGCAAGCUAUUCUUCAAGCGUUGAGGGAUGAAAACUUGAACGAUCCCAGGGAACGCAUUGAGAUUGCACAGAGCCAUGUCUUCUAUAGGCCUUCCCUCCUCGGACAGCCUUUGACUAGUUUCCGACUGCAAGAUAAAGUGGUGAUAUAGGGGUUUAAAACUAUUUGUAUCUUUGGAUCGAGAAAUUGGUCACUAAAGGAAAUAUGUACCCAUCUGGCACCGCUUGUAUUUGGUUAAUCUUAGUAAUAAAACACCUUAUCACUUCUGUUCAUACAAACAUUUGUCCUGUUUCACAAUUUUUAGGUGAUCUAAUCUAGCAAUUUAAUUCAA